GAGUCCCGGGCUCCGGGCCCCGGAUGGUCGGGGGAUGGCGUCGCUCGGCAGGCCGGACUGAGGCCCUGCUCGGCCCGGCUCCGGCCCGAUGCAGCCGUCCCGACCCCGCAGGCCCGCACCCCCCCUGCUCCCCGGCCCCGUCCUGCUCCUGCCCCUGCUCCUGCCCCUGCUCCUGCCCCUGCUCCUGCCCCUGCUCGGCUCCUGCGCGACCACCGCGGCCGAGCCGCUGUCUCAGCUACCGGCCCCGCGGAACGCCACGCUUCACCUGUACAACCAGGAGCAGGUCCUGCGAUGGCAGCCGGUCAGCCUGCCGGACGGUCUGAGCGAUCUCCCCGGCGCCGUGACCUACAGCGUGGAGUACAGAUACACCCUGGGGAACUGGAUGGGGCUGUCGUGUGCGAACUGCACGGCGAUGGCCACCACUGUGUGCACCGUCCCCCCGCCGUGCUUCAUGCCCAACUUAAACGUGACCCUGCGGGUCCGCGCCCAGCUCGGGGCCCUGUCGUCCCCCUGGCUCCAGCUGCCGUCCUUCAAGCUGUACUACAACGUCACUAUCGGGCCACCUAAGAACAUCCAGGUGACUUCUGAGGACGGGACUCUCCGCCUGACCUUUUCUCCGCCUUUUGAGGACAACUCCUGGAGGUUCCAGUAUUACGUCCACUACUGGCCCAAAACGGGGAUCAAAAAGACCCUAGGUCCCGUCAGCAACAAGUGGCUGCUGUUGGAAGACGUCCGUCCGGUGACGGAAUACUGUCUGCAGGUGCAGGCCAGCCUGCAGAGCCCCUUCAGGAUCGGCCUCCUGAGCAAUACGACUUGCCUCGAGACCACGGCUGACGCUGUGACCAGAGCCCAGUAUGCCUUCUUAAUCUUUCUGGGGGCCCUGUUAGCCAUGGUGACCCUGGCCUUCGGCUGCUUCCUGCUGGUGCGGUAUUCGCGCGGCCUCAUCAAGUACUGGUUCCAGAAGCCCCCCACCAUCCCCUCCCAGAUCGGAGAGUACCUGGAGGACCCCAAGCUGCCCAUGUGGGAGGAGCUGAUGCAGAACCCUGCUGCCGCCGAAGGGUCCUGGGAUUCGGUGUCGGUCCUGUCGUGGGCUGAUGACCACCAAGCGACAGGCAGAGCGGAGCAGAGGCCGGGAAGCUGCUGACCCUAUUCCCGGGACACCCCCCGGACGACGGAUCGCCUCCCCGCGUGCCCCCUUUUCGGACAGUCUCUGCCUGCUCCCGGUGGGAUCUCCUCACCCGAGUCGCGGGGAUGACUUGGGAGCUUAAGCAACUUCAUUUGAUCGUUUGGCCUAAAGGACGGUUCGGCUGAAUGACCCGAGCUCUGAAGCCUUUCUGCGCUGAUCCUCCUUGAUGAAUGAUUUCUGAACCCCGCACCCUGGGGACCCUAAACACUAAGACAGUACGGAAGGAGAACCAUGCGUGCACCCCCACUCCCCAGACCAGCGACUUGGGGGUCCUUGCUGAAUUCCAGGAACGCUUUUCUAAUUUAAGAAUAAAAAUUUAGCAAGGAAA